UUUGAAAGUUUAGUCGAACCGCUGCGUGAAAGCAAAAUCUGUUUAUGUUGGUCGAAUAAACUUAGUUUGUAGUAGAAUUGGUUCAUGCAACAUGCCUUUAUAUAAAGAUCAGUUCAAGAGAAAUAACGAUGUGUUCAGAAACACGAUGGAAGCGAUUUUUCAAAAGUAUUCCAAUCUAAGCGAUCCUGGAAUAGACAUCUGUCUGAAAACGAUGACCUGCAGGACUGGAAGAGGUCCUGUGCCCAUUGACAGUGCUGAGGGAGAACGUGAGCUGGAAGCAUUAAAGACUCGAGUUAAAGCAGACUAUUCAAUGAGGGAAUUUGAAGACCGGGAAAAUGAUCAUAUGGACAUGUCAGGGGUCACCGAGGAUGAUCUUAAUGGCUCUGGUCAACAGGAAAACAGCGAAAAUCUAUGGAACGGAGCUGAGUCAUUCCAGCAAUCAGUGAAUUUGAACACCACAUCUCCUGGGUCUUUGUGGAGUGAGUCCUCUCUGCCCAAAGAAGUGAAUGAGGAACUGGAGAAAACUUUGAGUAGCAAUGGAAGCACCCUUUUGGAUGUCUAUUCCAGCAUGCUCAACCAGAUUGGUGAAGCAUACCGGCGCCAACGCUUGACUGAUACGGCGAGAUCUGUGGUGCAGAAGUAUCGCCGAAAUUACUGGCAUGCUGGUUCAACGCACCGCAACACAUCUUUAAAAAACAGACACAGCUGCACAUUAAACAAAACAACAGAGAUCUCAUUCACCAGUCAAAUUCAAAGUCCUGCUCAAAAAAACAUUGGCAACUGUUUCAAGGGUAGUCCCAAACUACAAAAUCUACUCAAGAACAAACUAAAGUCUUCACCACUCAAUGUAUCCUACGAGUCCAGUGCCUGUUUUUACUCACCCAGAAGGAACAGUGUAGAUGUGAGCGGCGUGACGGAUCAGUCUGCAUGGAUUGAUGUAGCCUCAUCCAGGAAGCCGGAGCAGAAUCCAGCUCGUGUGAUUGAUUUCUCUACACCUCCACGUUCUGGUUCACCCUCACUUAGUGACCAAUCUCCAGAUCUGGACCAGACCUAUGAUGUUGAACCAACAUCUCAUGCUGUUCCAACCUCAUCCAUCUUGACAUCUCCACGACAAAGCAGAGCAGGUCUGUCUAUUAUUGACCCGAGAGGAACAUCAAUGAUCUCCCAACUCUCUUCAUUAGACAAAGACUGUUUCAGGGACAGCCUACAUUCUUCUCUUCCCUCGCCUCAGCGUGGCAUCAUUGGUAUCUUAUCUCCAAAUGGGAAAAGCACCUUCAGACCAAGCAUUCUGAACACGGAAAGACAAAUAAACUCAAUAGGAAGUCCAAAGAGAAGGUCUCCUGUAAUCCACCAAGAUCUUCAUAGAUCUUCUUAUGGUGCCAAACAGGUGCCGUUUUCAUCACAAAGACAACCUGUUUAUGAUCACACUGAUCAAAAUUCCUCUAAGGUAGAGAGUCGGUCUCAUUUAACACCAUUCAAACGCCAACGCUCUUUUUCUGGCUCCCCGUCCACAUGCUCAUUCAGUGAAUCUCAAAUCGAUGCCGAGUUCAGAAAGCUGUACCACCACUUCAUCUGCCGUGGCACAUCAUCACCCUGUGCUUCUUCCCAAUGUCACCUGUGCGAAAGAAACACAAAGGAGAGCUUUCAAAGCCCUGGCUUUUCCUCCUCCAGCAUGUCUGCUCUAGCUUUGACGCCUCUGAGAGCCAAGCUUAAGAAACGCAGCCGUCAGCCUGAAGUGGAAGAGUCACUCCGGUUCAAACGCUUCCGAGAGAGUCGUUCCCCACUGAAACAUCUCCAGCUGACAGACAGACACACGAGCCCUCAAAUGUUUGAUCUUCAUGAGGACAAACAAGCUUGGGACAGAGGCGUCCUCCUGCAGUGCCCCAGUCCAGGCUUCCUCAGGGGAACCGGAAACCUCAGAAGAAUAAGGGAGGCGAAAUUGAAGAUGCAGAUGAACCAACAUGCUCUGUCUUUGAGAGAUGCCCCAAGCGGAGUCCACCUACUUGAAGCUGCGUCCCCUAUGAGACAUUUUAACCAAGUUACCGCAUCACACUCUCCAAGUCUGUCCAGGAGGCGACUGCAGUACAGUCUUCUACAGUGAAGAACCACAGCCUGCAUGUAUCCCCUUAAGGAGGAAAUCCUACAUAUUUCAACAAUUCUUUUAAGUUCACCCUAGUGAAAACUCAGAGGGUGACCUGAAGUCAAAUUGAAGACUUUUUUGUAUUUAAAUAUAUGCAUGUACAUGUUAAUGAAGCUGUUUGUUAUGUUGUUGUUUCAUAAAUCUCUCUAUCCUGCAUUUUAAUAUUGUAAAUUUUAAUAGAAUGAUUGUUUUUAAUAACAUGUGCAUUGACAAAUAGUAUGUUUAUCUGUAAAUAAUUACAAUGUAUUGUUCAAACCUUUUUUAAU